AUGUCUCUGGAGGGCCUGGCGGGGGCCCCGCGCGUGGCCGACCUGGAGGCCCUCCUGCGGGGAGCGGAGGCCAUCCACGUCAUGGACCAGCAGAUCGUGAUCAUCUCCACCCCGGACCAGCUGCCCGCCCCCGAGGGCGAGGACGACGCCGAGCUGCUGCUCUUUGCCACCCCGCAGCCCGCCCGCGUGGAGACGGCCGCGCUGAGGCCUGCUCUGCAGCGGCCGCCGGUAAAACGGAAGCUGAAUUUGGAGACAGACCACCAGUAUAUUGCAGAGAGUGUUCAAGCAGCCCGAGGAAAAGCGAAAAACCCUGUGAAAGGGCUGAAGUCUCCUGGAGAGAAGUCCCGCUAUGAAACGUCUCUGAAUCUGACCACCAAACGCUUCCUGGAGCUGCUGAGCCAAUCGCCUGAUGGUGUUGUGGAUCUCAACUGGGCUGCAGAGGUGCUCAAGGUGCAGAAGAGGCGGAUCUAUGAUAUCACCAAUGUCCUGGAAGGCAUCCAACUCAUCACCAAGAAGUCCAAGAACCAUAUCCAGUGGCUGGGCAGCCGGUCUGCUGUGGGGAGCAGCGGCAGGAGCCAGGGUUUGGUGAAAGAACUCCAGGAUCUUCAGGCUGCGGAACAACAAAUGGAUCACCUCAUCCAAAUGUGCACCACCCAGUUCAGGCUCCUGACCGAGGAUCCCGAGAACAAACACUCAGCUUAUGUGACUUGCCAAGAUCUGCGGCGCAUCGCAGACCCCUCUGAACAGCUGGUGAUGGUGAUCAAAGCCCCCCAGGAGACACAGAUGCAAGUGUCUGACCCAGCAGAGGCUUUCCAGAUUGCUGUGAAAAGCACGCAGGGCCCCAUUGAUGUGUUCCUUUGUCCAGAAGAGAGCUCUGGAGUCUGCAGCCCCAAAAAGAGCCCACUGAAAGUUGCUGCCGAAGAAACUUCCCUGGAGUCUUCACAAGCAUCUGUGUUACUUCACCCCUCCCAGGACAUGAAGCUACCAUUGCUGGGUGGAGACCAAGCUGAGCCUCUGUUGUCUGGGGACGGUUCGCUGCCUCUGAAGUCCUCGACAGAUGACAUGACCCUCUCGCCGCUGGCCUCUGUUGACGCGUUGCUGGAGCAGGGCAAGGAUGACUUCUCUAGCUUCCUGCCUGCUGAGUUCAUUGCCCUUUCGCCACCCCAGACCCAGGACUACCAUUUUGGGCUGGAGGAGGGCGAAGGCAUCAGCGAGCUGUUUGACUGUGACUUUGGAGACUUCACUUCUUUGGAUUUCUGAGCGCCUUUGGGGUUUGGG